AUGCCGUGGUGCAACUUGCAGCCUCACAGAGAAGCAAGGGCCUGCUUGAAGAGAUACCUUGCUAGACAAGUGUCUGAGCACUGAUGGAUUAGAUGCAUGGCUUGUCACUCAUUCCCAGCCAAGAUGGAGCCUCGGUCCCCGGCGAGGGAGUGGUCGCGGCAAAACGAGGGAUCUGUUCAGGACUCUGCGCAGCAGCAUGGGCGACACAUUUCAGUCACGUCGAGCGCAGAAUCUUCCUUUCCAUCUGCUAAUUCUGACCUGGGAUCCAUAGGGAUUAGCUCAUACUAUAACGGACACCUCGGCUCUCCUUCCAACGUCUCGCGGCCAUUGGGCGUUCAAUCGCAGGCGUCUGCCUCAGCCUCGGCAAGCCGCGCGCACAGAUUGAGCUCCAUUGAUUCUCCGCAGAAAGCAGACGCCGUUUUAAUGCCAUUGGCAGCUGCAAGCCAAGCGAACUCGCCCAAGCUGGGAAUGGAACAUUCUACGCCAGGAACACCAAGGCAAGGUAAUUCGGGAGUGCCAAGUACGUUCGUCAAUCAGCAAUUUGAGGAAUUGCCUUCGGGGAGAUCGGUGUUCGCACCACCAGCAAGGUCCAGCUUUGAACUAUCUGGCGAGCAGAAAGAAAUCGGACGAACCGAUACAAGCGGAAUUGCCAAGGGGCUGGAUGUGCCAGCGGCAGGUGCAGGACGUGUUCAAUCUUCUUACUGGAGACAGGGCAGCUCAGAUGCACAGUUCCUUGGUACUGCACGUGAAGGAGUUCUUCCUAUACCUACUUUUGCGGAACCACAACCGAACGAAGCGGGCUUCGUUCGGACUGCUUCCCUCUACGGCUUGGACACGUUAUCGCAUCCUUCGCCGGAGGUCAUGGGGCAAGGUGCCAAUGGGUGGGAUGAUGUUGAAGGACCAGACUAUGCUCCGGAAGAUGACGCAUCGAUUGCAGCUGGAAAGAUGUACGCGCAGACGUCUUCAAUGUCUCGCAACCAUACUUACGCGUAUCCGCCGCCUCUCACCCGCGGACACUCAGAAACGGUAACAGGCUAUUUGGGAGAUGGCGGCACAUCAGAGUUGCAUCCGGAUGAUGUCGAGGGCAGCGAACUACCGCAGCAGCAACGGAACAGUACAGAAGUGCUCGCUUAUGUGCGCGGGGAGAACCUGACUUUCUUCAAUGCCAGACAAGGUUUGGUGAAGUUGAGCAAGUCCGUCAAGCGUAUAUCGCGACGGGUUGCCAACAGCAGUCAAGAAGCUUUCAGCCCCACCCACCAGCAUCAGCCGCUGGGCAACGAAGAUACAGAAGAUGAGGAUGAUUACUACGAAGAUGCGGGCCCGGCGUACCAUGUGGAUGGCGAUGGUGUGCGCAGGGAACAAGACAGGUCUGCCAACCCACCAGCACGUGUCAAACUCAAUACGAGCUUGCUCAGGGGAAAGAGCUUGGGUGUCUUUUCGUCGACAAACCCUGUGCGGAUCAGCAUGGCCAGACUGCUCUCUCAUUGGUGGAUUGAACCCCUCAUCCUUGCCAUGAUUGCCUUCAACGCGGUCGUGCUCAUCAUUCAAUCUGCUCGCGAUGUCGCCGUUCGCCCGAGAUCGCCUGGCUAUUUCGACCACUGGGAGGAUUAUGCCUUGCUUGCUAUCUUCUGCAUUUUUACGAUUGAGAUUAUGGCAAAGAUUAUCGUGUCGGGUCUGAUCAUCAAUCCGCCUUCGCUGCCGGAGGUACUUCACUCGGUAGACGACAAGGCUACUCAUGGAGAUAGCGCCUCACUGCCGUCUCACUUGCUCCGAGAAAAGGCUGCAUCCGGACACCACAGGCGCGAGGGCUCUCAAAGCAACACAUUGGAGUCGCUUGCAUACUUUGGCGAUACCCUCAAACGUUCUGCGCAGAAAGCGCUCAAACCAGAUGCAUUCGACACUUCUAGGCAAACCCAGAUCAGUCCAAAUCGCAACACCUUCACUGGCCGCCCUUUCGAUUAUGCGCCUGCAGCUUCGACCGCCUCAGAUGUAGAAGUGAAAUCACAGGAGCGAGCGGCCACACUUUCUCAUCCUCAACGAGAGGCAACAUACGGCUCCACAAGCAUGCAAAGCACGCUUUCACAACCUUUCAGGCAGACCACCGCGGACGACUUUAUGAUGCGGCGUCAACGUGUGCUACCAUUUGCUGAAGCUAUUGUGAUCCAGCGAUCCCAAGCACCUUACUAUGCGUACUUGCGCCACUCUUGGAAUCGCAUUGAUAUGGUCGCCGUAGUCGCCUACUGGGCGUGCUUCUGGCUCGCCCAAGUUCAUCAUGAAAUCACGCCGAACUACCACAUCUUCGUUUUUCGCGCCAUCUCCGUGCUUCGAUGCGCGCGGUUGCUUGCAAUUACGAGCGGGACCGCCACCAUCCUCGCCUCCCUCAAACAGGCCGGACCGCUCUUGGUCAAUGUCUCCUUCUUCACUGUCUUUUCACUUCUGCUUUUCUCCAUCAUCGGCACGCAGGCUUUCAAAGGCAGUUAUCGCCGAUCCUGCAUGUGGAUCGUUGAGUGGAACAACAACACGCUGCCAACUGACGGAAACCAGACACUGAGCCAGAUCUGUGGAUCAUACACGGAUCCCUUCAGCGGACAGGUGUAUGGCCAUGUGCGACCUGACGGAUCUAUGCUGUCGACACAAGCAAAAGGCUACCAAUGCCCUCUCGGUCAAGCAUGUAUUGAGGGUAGCGACCCUCAGGCUGGCACCCAAGGGUUCGAUAACAUCUUCCAAUCCCUUCUGCAAGCCUUCAUCAUCAUCUCCUCCAAUGGAUGGUCACAGACACUGUACGACAUGGUAGAUGCAAACUACUCUGCCGCUUCUAUCUUUUUCAUUAUCGGCCUGAUCGUCACCAACUUUUGGAUGGCCAACUUAUUCGUCGCAGUCAUCACCAACACAUUCGCGUCGAUCACAUCCCAAACCAAUCGCUCCGCCUUUGCUGCCGAGAAUGUUGGGUAUGAGAAGCAUAUUGUCCCGCAUACGGAGGGAAGCACCCAUUUGAGACGAGCUAGGCAUGUAGCCCAUAUUUGGGCCAAGGUCGUGUGGCACUCCAGGUGGUUCUGGGUUCUGCUCAUUGUCGUAGAUGUUGCGCUGCAAGGCUCCACCGACUGGACCGAUGCGGAGCAGGUCAGCGUCGUCGAUCGAGAUUUGUGGUUCGCCAUCGCGUUUGAUGUCGAGAUGCUCUUUCGUUUCAGCGUUCCCCUGCUCGAUGGCGGCUGGCGUCCCUUCUUUCAACGCGGGCGGAACUCGUUCGAUCUUGCUUUGGCAGUCCUUGCAUCGAUCGCGCAGAUUCCAGCUGUCAAGCUCUCGCCAGUCUACCCUUGGCUCACCAUCUUUUCUCUCGCUAGGUUCUACCGUGUGAUUUUGGCGGUGCCGCGAAUGGGCAAUCUGCUGAAGGCAGUGCUUGGCUCCGUCGCUGGGCUCCUCAACAUGAUCCUUUUCUUGGGUCUGAUGGUGGGCCUUGCAUGUCUCAUUGCCAUGCAAUUAUUUCGUGGAGACAUUCAGCCAGAGCCAGAUGGUGAAGCGAUUGAGAUGACCUUCAAGCAGACGUACAAUGGCUUUCUGGCCAUGUACCAAAUAUUUUCAUCCGAGAAUUGGACCACUGUCUUAUGGAGCGUUCUGUCAAGCGAAGAACAGUUCCAUCAGGCGGUCCUUGCCGGCAUUUUCUUGUGCGGCUGGUUCUUUUUCUCGAACUUCAUUAUGCUCCAAAUGUUCAUUGCUGUCAUCAACGAAAAUUUCACGGUUGCAGAAAGUGAAAAACGCCAGAAGCAGCUUGAAGCGUACCUACAACGCCACGAAGCGCCGAAGGAGGGCUUUCGCCAGAAGAUAUUCAAGAAACUCAGUCCCUAUGGGCGUCGCUGGGAGGCAUUCGAAGCUGAACUUCGUGCUAGAGGGCCUCAGCCUGGGUACUCCGACGCUUCAAAUGGCGCUAGCCAACCAACCUUUGGCGGCCAAACCUUCGCCAAGUUUUCCACCACGGCUUCUUUUUUCGCACGCGUUGCUCGGAAGCACUUUGGCCUGGAGCAACGUUCCGACGUCAUUAACCUCAACUUGGUACAAGGCCGGCGGAGCCGCAGCUCAUUCAGUGCUGCUGAUAUGCUUGGCACAAGCGGGCGGCCACAAUCGGUUCUGGACAUGGACUUCAGUGAUCUGCCCGGACAAUCCGCGCAAUUCCAACGUAUCGACCGCCAUGGGCGGAUGCUCCGGACGCGUGGCGAGCUCGGCCUCCAUAGGGUGCAAGGUCCAUCACAAGCCGAUAUCGAUGCAGAGUAUGCUGCCCGGGUCACCAAUGACCCGCGGAUGCUUAUGGCACGCUUCUUAGCCAAGUAUCCAAGCUAUGACAAGUCCCUCUUCAUCUUUUCUAACGCAUCGCCGGUUCGACGCUUUUGCCAGUCGAUCGUUCCUUCGAGCCAUGGGGAGAGGCUCUUUGGCAGGCCUGUGGCGCCGUUGCGAUUUCGCGUCUAUCAAGCGCUGCUCCUUGCCUCCAUCAUUGCAUCUAUCGCGAUCGCUGGUUUUGCCACACCGGCAUACCGGAAGUGGUACGACAUACAGUACUCGAAUAGCAGCUACUUUUCGUGGUUCGUUCUUGCGGAUGCUCUGCUGGCCACGCUCAUCUUGAUUGAGCUUCUGAUCAAAGUCGUCGCGGACGGUUUCAUUUUCACGCCUAACGCCUAUCUCCUCAGCGGCUGGAAUUUGCUGGACUUGUUUGUCCUUCUCGCAAUGUUCGUCAACAUAUUCGCCGGAGAGAGCCGUUUGGCAAGAGCUUCGCGUGCGGUCCGUGCGCUACGCCUCAUCAAUUUGUCCGCUGUGAUGCGUCAAACCUUUCAGAUCAUGUUCCAAAGCGGCUUGCUAAGGAUGAUUGAUGCAGCAGUGCUCGCCAUCCUUUAUAUCAUUCCUUAUGCAGUUUGGGGGCAGAACCUAUUUGCAGGACUUCUGUACUCGUGCAAUGACGGGGGUGCCGGAAUCGCUACCAAACUCGACUGCUCUGGGGAGUUUCAAUCCAGCCCAAUUGGCGACUGGACCUUCUAUGCGCCAAGAGUCUGGCAAAACCCAACAGAAGGAUCACGCUACUCGUUUGAUGACUUCAAGUCGUCUCUUCUGAUUCUCUUCGAGAUUGUUAGCUUGGAAGGUUGGACCAAUGUCAUGUCAACUGCAAUGUCAAUUGCAGGGAAAGAUCAGCAGCUGCAACACGACAACCGCCAGGUCAAUGCAAUCUUCUUCGUCAUCUAUAACCUCAUCGGUGCCGUCAUUGUCCUGACACUUUUCGUCAGCGUGAUCAUCGAAAACUUCCGGACAUUCUCUGGCGCUGCGUUCUUGACAACAGAGCAGCGCCAAUGGAUUGAUUUGAAGCGGCUCAUCUUCAGGCAACGGCCUUCGCAUCGGCCGAGGAGCCCUCCGACGGACGCAUUUCGCUUGUGGUGCUACAAGCGGAGUAUACACAAGAGUGGCUGGUGGUCAAGAUCUUUCACCCUGCUUUACAUUGUCAAUGCAAUCCUUUUGAUGACUUCGACCUACGACGAUACUGGCCUUGCCGACGUCAUCAAGUCCUCUAUCUAUCUCGUGCUCGCGUUCUGCUACACUGUUGAUGUCUUUGUGCGCCUCGUAGGCUUGGGUCCACGCAACUUCUUCGCAACGUGGUGGAGUACAUAUGACGUCGUCAUCAUUACUGGUAUUGUGAUCACCACAUUACCGCUGCUCGCUGGCAGUGGUAACGUAGGCAUGAAAGAUGCGCAAAAGGUAUUCCUGACAGCCAGCUGCUUCAAGCUGGUGCAGAAGUUCGACAGCCUCAAUCAGCUGUUCAAGACUGCAAUCGCCAGUCUUCCGGCAAUCUUGUCUCUUUUCGCACUUUGGGUGGUACUCUUUCUCGUCUGGGCCAUCCUUCUACUCGAAGUUUUCGGCUUGACACGUUGGGGCCCAAAUGAGACGUACGCUCAAAGCUUCUCCACCUUCUGGGCAUCUUUCGUGUUCCUGGCAAGAAUGACGACAGGCGAGAAUUGGAACCAGUACAUGCAUGACUAUGCCCUCGAUCCGCCGCACUGUAUGCCCAACAGUAACUACCUUUUCUCCGACUGCGGCAGCUCGACAUGGGCGUACUUUCUUUUCAUCUCCUGGAACAUCAUUUCGAUGUACAUCUUCCUGAACAUGUUUACUGGUACUGUCGUCGAGAAUUUUUCGUACGUCUUUCAGCUUGGCGGAAAGCCCCUCCUAACACGGCAACAGAUCCGCGACUUCAAAGCGCUGUGGGCAGAGUACGAUGUUCACCGCUCUGGCUACAUCACGCGAAACCAGAUUGGACCAUUCUUGGCGCGCCUAUCUGGCGCAUUUGAGGUGCGGAUAUACCAAGGCGAGUGCAGCUUGCAACAACUCAUGUCGGCCGCAUUUCCUGGCUUCGACAACCCGCGUGCGGCAGGCGACGGCAGCGCGUUUCUGCGCACGCAACGUGACAUGAGACGCCACUGUGAUAUACCCCCCUUCAUGGUGGAGGAUCUCAACCACGCUAUAGACAAGUUGGAUGUGGUGGAAAUUCGAAGGCGCAGAGCUCGAUUGAAUCGGCUUUACCACGAGGCACUGCUGGCAGAUGAUCGGGGUAAAGGUGUCUCCUUCACUAAGAUGCUCCUCAUUUUGUCCAGCUACAAGCUGAUCAACGAGGUGCAUGCACUUGAAGUGAAGGACUUGAUUGAGCGCCGCGCGGUUGUGGAGCAGGUGGAGAAUCAGAUCAGCUUGGAGCGGGUACGUGGCGUUUUGAAGAUGGUCUACCUCCGGCGCAGGUUCUUAGCGCAUCAAGCAGAGAAGCAAGGACAGCUGCACCCAUCUGCGCCUUUGCCGAACGUCUUGCUCACUAAUCGGUUCGGGGCCCCGGCUGGCUUUGACGACGGCAACAGUGGUCCGCAGCACCUGGGUAUUGCAACGCAAGACCUGCAGCACGGAGACAGCUCGCUAUCGCCGAUGGAACCGACAAGCGCUAGCGAUAACGGCGCGGGGCCAGCAGGGUAUCUGUCGCCACGAGGUUCAUCGCCCAGAUGGAAUGGUUUGCCAUCUGCAGACGCUGGUUCGUUAGCUCCACCAAGCAGGGAUCUCGAUGAGACUAGCGACUCUGCGCAGGGUAACAGCGCUCUCAGUCACUUCGAAGCCACAGCGUGGGGCCACAUCAUGCGUCGUUUGUCCACAUCAUAUACUGGCUUUCAGCAGGAGGAAGGAGAAAACGUCGGCAUGGCGGAACCUCUCUCUGCAGAGUACGAAGGACAGUACCAAGGACUCCCGGAAGAUGAAGAUACCGGAAGUCAUUGGAAGCAAGCGAGGGGCCAGAGAGACCCAUACGGACACAUUUGAGAACGACAUCCGUCUAUCAGCAUCACAUCAGCGUGAUCAAUAAUAGACAGCGAACGCAACCACUUUGCAUACAGCUCGGAGCACAUUGCCUUUUAGAGAACUCAUCACUAAGCACAAAUUCCCACCAGCAAGUUUUUGAUGUAGCAUAGACAUCCGCUCUCGAAGCGAACACAGGUCAAUAAAGACCUUCGACUGGUGUUGGUACAAUAAUAGC